AUGCUUUUUGGUCGCCUUCUUGGCGUGGCUGCGUUCUCUGCCAUCGUCAGGGCUGUUGAGUUGUCGGGCUAUGAAUACAUUGUGGUUGGCUCUGGGGCAGGAGGUGGUCCUUUAGCGGCGCGACUUGCCUUAGCAGGCCAUCGAACGCUUCUUAUCGAAGCUGGAGAUGACCAGGGAGCAAAUCUGAACUAUACUGUCCCGGCUUUUUCCGCCAAGGCUUCCGAGGAUGAAGCUUUGGCAUGGAACUUUUACGUCAAGCACUACGCUGAUGAGUCUCGGCAAAAGCUCGACUACAAGACAACAUACGAAACUCCGGACGGCAAAGAAUACACGGGCUUAAACCCACCAGCGGGUUCCACCAUGAAAGGCACACUUUACCCCCGUACCGGAACGCUUGGUGGUUGUACCGCGCACAACGCUCUCGUUACCGUAUACCCACACGAGUCUGACUUCGAAUACCUUGCUACACUCACUGGAGAUGGCUCAUGGUCACCCGACAACAUGCGCAAGUACUUCAAGCGCAUGGAGAACAACCGCUACCUCCUCCCAUUGCUCAGCGGCCACGGCUAUGAUGGCUGGCUGAGCACUGAGACUGCGCCACUAAGCAUUGUCUUGGAAGACCCCCAACUCCUAAGCCUCCUGCUUGGCGGAGCAUUUUCCCUAGGAAAUGUGACCAAGUCAAUUUUCAACAUUGGCACUCUCCUCGCAGGGGACGCAAACUCGGCCGCAAGCACCCGCGAUACCAAACCAGGAUACUAUCAAAUCCCCAUCGCUUCCGAUGAAAGCUCCCGUAAUGGUCCUCGCGAGUUCUUGACCGCUGUCAGGGAUGCAAAAAACGCCAAUGGGUCCAAGAAGUUCCCACUUGACAUCCGUAUGAACUGCCAUGUUACCAAGGUCACCUUUGAUGAGACUGUUACCCCUCCUCGCGCUACAGGCGUUGAGUUCCUAGACGGCAAGUAUCUAUACAGUGCCAGCCCUCGUUCCAAGACCGCCGGCAAAGGAACACCAGGCUCAGCAGCAGCUUCACGCGAGGUUAUUGUCUCUGGCGGUGUGUACAACUCGCCCCAGAUCCUUAAGCUCAGUGGUAUUGGACCCGGGGAGGAGCUCCAGAAAUUCGGAAUCAAGGUUAUCUCUAACCUUCCCGGUGUCGGCACAAACCUACAAGACCACUAUGAGACUGCGGUGCAAGGUCAAGUCCCGAAGAAUUUCAGCGCCCUUAACGGAUGCACGUUCAAUAAUGGCGAUAGUGAUCCCUGUCUUGACCGUUGGAAUAAGCCUAUCCUUGGUAACCACGGUAUUUACUCAUCUAAUGGAUUCGGAGCUGCGAUGUUCUAUAAGAGCUCCGUCACUGCGGAUGAUAGCUUUGAUGUGUUUGUCUUCGGCGGGCCUAUCAACUUCCGUGGAUACUUCCCUGGAUACGGUGUCAAUAUAACUGAACAUCAUGAUUGGUUCUCGUGGGCUGUUCUCAAGGCUCACCCUCGUAACACCGCUGGAUCUGUGAUGCUCCACUCUGCCGAUCCACUCGACAUGCCCGAUAUCGUUUUCAACUACUUUGACACUGGCUCUGGUGACUAUGAAAAGGAUUUGGAAGCUAUCACUGAGGCUAUUCGUGUUGCGCGUGGCGCCUUCGACCGUCAGUUGGUUGAUGUAUCGGAAAUCCUCCCCGGUGAUGAUAUCCAAACAGAUGAGCAGAUCCAUGAUUACAUCAAGAAUACGGCUUGGGGUCACCAUGCUUCCUGCACCUGUCCCAUCGGAACUGAUGAUGAUCCCAUGGCUGUUUUGGACUCCAACUUCCAAGUUCGUGGCGUUUCAGGCCUUCGUGUCGUGGAUGCCUCUGUGUAUCCACGCAUUCCCGGAACGUUCACUGCUGUUUCCACUUUCAUGGUGGGCGAGAAGGCGGCUGAUGUGAUUCUGGACGCGGCAAAAGCCAACCAGUGA